CUCACAAUCCCAACUUGAAAAUAUUAUUUGAUCAGCAGAAUCUCACCGGCACUCUACAUACUUUUGGUUUUUCCAACAAUCCAUCUGAAAAACUCAACAAAUUUCCCAUCUACAACUUCCACUUGGAAACCUUUGCCAAAAAUCAUUAGGAAAACUGUAUAUUAUAAAUAUUUUUGUAAGUAUUAGACGUAACUUCACAUAAUUUUAAUUUUUUUAUUGACCAAGUUGAAGAACUAUAUAUAAUAUUUAUUGGCCUUCCAUUCCUUUUCUCCCAAAUCUCACGGAAUCAAACAAUCGAUCAAAAAAUAUCAAACUUUUUGAAGGGUUUUUUUUUUUGGGUUAAUUUCUAGACGCACAAGAUAUAAAGGGGUCAGCAAUUAACGGAAAAGCGGGAAAGGGAAAGGAGUUUUGUUCCUUAUUAUCUAGUAGACCCAGGGUCCUGGGGGCAACUGGGUAUUGUUAAAAUGGAAUACGAAAAUCAUAGUUGGAUUUGGGAUGGAGUUUGCUACUACCCACAUGUAUUUGGAGGAAUAAUGAUCACAGCCGCUCUUCUCGGUCUGUCAACAAGCUACUUCGGUGGGAUUGGAGUUCAUUAUCUGCCUUAUAUGUGUCCUGGUUUUGGUAUAUUGAAAAAGCGUGCUCAUGGAAAGAAACGUGUCAGAGUAUACAUGGAUGGAUGCUUCGAUUUGAUGCAUUACGGUCAUGCAAAUGCUCUGAGGCAAGCUAAGGCUUUAGGCGAUGAGCUAAUUGUAGGGGUUGUUAGCGAUGAAGAAAUUUUGGCUAACAAAGGUCCUCCAGUGUUGUCUAUGGAAGAAAGGCUGGCACUGGUUGGUGGGUUAAAGUGGGUUGACGAAGUCAUUCCUAAUGCUCCCUAUGAAAUUACUGAACAGUUCAUGAAAACUCUUUUCAAAGAAUACAAAAUCGACUACAUCAUACAUGGUGAUGAUCCAUGCUUACUUCCAGAUGGCACUGAUGCUUAUGCAUUGGCAAAGAAAGCAGGCCGCUACAAGCAGAUUAAACGUACAGAAGGAGUUUCAAGCACAGACAUUGUAGGAAGGAUACUUACUGUUCGUGAUAUAAGUGCUCACAGAGAUAGUGAUGAUCCAGCCUCACAUGAGGAAUCUUCUGGUGUCAAUAAAAUAAAGCAGCCAACAGUUGGUCAUUUAUCUCAUUUUCUACCCACCUCCAGGCGUAUUGUGCAGUUCUCUAAUGGCAAGGGGCCUGGACCAAAUGCUUGUGUUGUGUAUAUUGAUGGUGCUUUUGAUCUUUUCCAUGCAGGGCAUGUUGAGAUACUUAGAGCUGCUCGACAGCUUGGAGAUUUCUUACUUGUUGGCAUUUACACAGACCAAACUGUCAGUGAAAUUCGAGGCCCAGGUUAUCCAUUGAUGAACUUACAUGAACGUGGUCUCAGUGUAUUGGGUUGUCGUUAUGUUGAUGAAAUCAUCAUGGGCGCACCGUGGGAGGUCACUAAAGACAUGGUAAAAACCUUCAAUAUUUGUUCAGUUGUUCAUGGAACCAUAUCGGAGGCUAGUCCUUUUGUCAAUGGAGACUCUGAUCCCUAUAGGGUGCCCAAGAGUAUGGGGAUUUUUAGGAUGAUUGAAAGCCCCAAAAACAUAACCACAUCAUCUGUGGCUCAAAGAAUUAUCACCAAUCAUGAAGUCUACAAGAAACGGAACUCAAAGAAGGUGGAAAGUGAGAAGAAAUACUAUGAACAAAAGACAUAUGUUUCGGGAGACUGAGGAAUCCAUGAAGGGUCAUUAAGCAGACCACACCAGACCAGACCUCUAUUCUAUUGAUGUGAGCCGCCCCAGAACAGCAAUGCAUGUAUAGUUUCCAUAUAGAUGAUACUCGUGGAUAGUCUUGAUGCUAAUAGCAAGAUCGAGAAAGAAACAACGUAAGCUGAGACAUUGAUUGAACCCGAAACAAACUCUCCACCUCUUUCUCAUUGCUUGGUCGUCCAUAGUCAUGCAGUAUAUCCUCAAUUAUCAGUUGGCAGAAUAUGCAGCUCGUAUUUAUAAUACAAUAUUGUGAAAUAUCCACUGUGCAAGGGGAAGUUUUGUUGUGCUGUAUCUCCUUUUCUUUUUCUUUUUUUUCUCAAUUCUUUUUCUCUCAUAUUAUGGAGCUUAGCGAAAUAUCCCUUUUACAUUCUUUUUCUUGUUUCCUUUGUGGUGAGUUCUUCAGGCUGUAUUUGUAUUAUUUAUGUACCAUGAUUCCAUUCUUUCCGGCUCCCUCUUUGAUUUAGAGGGAGGAGUAAUACGUUCUGAGUUUUUAUUUUUAUUUUUUAUAAUAAAGAGUCACUUCACAUUAUUACGUCAAAA